GUGUGUGUGUGUGUGUGCGCACUUAAAACCAGGAUUUAUCUAUUCACUGCCAGUUUAGGGACACCUGAUAAUAACUGAUGUGUUAUGUUAAAAUAUGUCAAAUAAAACUGUAGGCUAUAUUAUAAUAUAUAUGAGUAUCGUUUGUUAUUAUAUAAAGAAAUGUUAUGUGAUCAGGGCAUGGCAGAUCUACAGAAAGGUGUGGAGGUGGAGCAAUUAAGGAAAAGGAAAGCAGACACUAGGCUAUUUGACUGCAUAAAGAGAGAUCGAGAGACCUCGACAAACAGGCAGCAAGAAUCAACUAUAUUUAAAAGAAUCAUCACUAUGGACUAUGGAUUUUUCGAAGAUGAAAAGUUAUUGGAAGUUUUCCGUCAAAACAAGACAAAAAUAUCUACUAUAGAAAAGCCGUUGACAUUUCUUCGCCAUCUCAAAGACAAUGGACUCAUUACAGAUGAGCUUUAUCAAAAGCUUCAGAAACGUGAUUAUGAUUAUGGUGUGUAUGAUGCAUUGGAGUAUAUUCAAAAACAUGGAACAAAGAAAGUUAGACAUUUCUGGAAAUGUGUGGACCAGGAGCACAUUUUGCAGCGUUACCCCCAACUCUCUGAAAUCAUUGCAACUCUGAAGAAGUCUCUUAGUAGAGAACCAGACAGCAAAAUAAGGGAGAAAUAUGAGGAUCAAGGCACAGGAAAAGAAAGAGAGGGGAUAGAGAAGAGCUCUGUGAGUAACCAAGCUGGCCCGUCGUCACAAAUCACCGACAGACUGAAGAAGAAAGCCAAACACAUGGAGAGAGAUCUUCAGAGUUCUCCGGACUCUACCAGGGAAUCAGAGUCAUUUUCCCAUCCAUCCUUAAAGGAAGAAGUGAAUCUCUGGGAUAAGCCUAAACACAAGAGAUGGCUCCCUGUCACAUGUGGUAACAAAAAGGCUUUAAUUGACAGAGUUGCACUGUCGCACAGAAAAAGGGAUUGCAUUAACCAUAAUGGAAAAAUGAUCUCCCCUUAUACAUUUGAGAAAAUGGGUGACAAAGAAGCACACAAGAGCUGGAAAACAAGUAUAUUAUGCCAAGGCAAAACCCUCAAGAGUCUCAUUGAGAUGGAAAUUUUGAAGAUACCUAAAGUUGAGGGAAAAUUUACCCUUCGUAAAUGAUAUGUCCUAUGUAUCAUUUAUUCAGCAUUUUAAAUGACUCUGUACUGAGCUCAUAAAUCAACUUUUGUUCCACUUUUAAUAAAGUCUGUCAAUGAA